GUGACGGGAGGACGCGCGGCCGCCGCGCACUGGGCCGGCGGCGGCGAAGGACGCGGACAGCACUGGCUGCCGCGGCAGCGGCGGCGGAGCAGCAGAGAGGCCGGGGAGCGGCGGACGGCUCACGCGCGUCGCGCGGGCCGGGAUGAGGGAGUGUGGCGGCGCGGCCCGCGCGCAGCCGGCCGUGCAGCACCUUCCCGUCUGAUGCUGGGGUUGUCCCGAUGAUGCCCUGACGUCUGUCCACUUCGGCGAGGAAGCAGACAGCGAUGUCCCAGACACAGGACUACGAGUGCAGGAGCCAUAAUGUCGACCUGCCGGAGUCAAGGCUUCCAGGGUCGAGCACUCGGUUGGAGUGGGUGGAGAUCAUCGAACCGCGCACCCGCGAGCGCAUGUACGCCAACCUGGUCACCGGUGAGUGCGUGUGGGACCCGCCGGCCGGCGUCCGCAUCAAGCGCACCAGCGAGAACCAGUGGUGGGAGCUGUUCGACCCCAACACGUCCCGCUUCUACUACUACAACGCCAGCACGCAGCGCACGGUGUGGCACCGGCCGCAGGGCUGCGACAUCAUCCCGCUGGCCAAGCUGCAGACACUGAAACAGAACACGGAAUCCCCGCGCGCCUCAGCCGAGAGCAGCCCCGGGCGCGGCAGCAGCGUCAGCCGCGAGGGCAGCACCAGCUCCUCCCUGGAGCCCGAGCCCGACGCCGAGAAGGCGCAGGAGUUGCCAGCGAGGACCGGGCGGCCCGCGGCAUAUGGGGCCGUGAAGGAGGACAGCGGCAGUUCUUCACCACCGGGAGUGUUUCUUGAGAAGGACUAUGAGAUUUACCAGGAUUACAGUGUGGACGGCCAGCUUCUUCACUACAGGACCUCCUCGCUGCGGUGGAACUUGGGCGCCAAAGAGCGCAUGCUCAUCAAGGUCGCUGACCGCGAGCCCAGCUUUCUCGCCGCCCAGGGCAAUGGCUACGCCCCGGACGGCCCGCCUGGGGUCCGCUCGCGCAGACCCUCCGGCAGCCAGCACUCGCCCAGCCUGCAGACCUUCGCCCCAGAGGCUGACGGCACCAUCUUCUUCCCAGAGAGGAGGCCAUCACCCUUCCUGAAGAGGGCCGAGCUCCCCGGGAGCAGCUCCCCGCUGCUGGCCCAGCCCCGAAAGCCCUCCGGGGACUCGCAGCCCUCCUCCCCGCGCUACGGCUAUGAGCCCCCGCUCUACGAGGAGCCCCCAGUGGAGUACCAGGCCCCCAUCUACGAUGAGCCCCCCAUGGACGUGCAGUUCGAGGCUGGCGGGGGCUACCAGGCCGGCUCUCCCCAGCGGUCCCCGGGCCGCAAGCCCCGGCCGUUCCUCCAGCCCAACAAGCAGGGUCCCCCCUCGCCCUGCCAGCAGCUGGUGCUCACCAAGCAGAAGUGCCCCGAGCGCUUCCUGAGCCUGGAGUACAGUCCGGCCGGCAAGGAGUACGUGCGGCAGCUGGUCUAUGUGGAGCAGGCGGGCUCCAGCCCCAAGCUGCGCGCCGGCCCGCGGCACAAGUACGCACCCAACCCCGGCGGGGGUUCCUACUCCCUGCAGCCCAGCCCCUGCCUGCUGAGGGACCAGCGCCUGGGCGUCAAGUCCGGAGACUACAGCACCAUGGAGGGACCUGAGCUGCGGCACAGCCAGCCGCCCACGCCGCUGCCACAGGCCCAGGAGGACGCCAUGUCCUGGUCCAGCCAGCAGGACACCCUGUCCUCCACAGGCUACUCCCCGGGCACGCGCAAGCGAAAGAGCAGAAAGCCCUCUCUGUGCCAAGCCACCAGCGCUACCCCCAACGAGGGCCCCGGGGACCUGCUUGUGGAGCAGCCCCUGGCCGAGGAACAGCCCCCGUGCGGGACCAGCCUCGCUCCUGUGAAGCGAGCGGAAGGUGAGGCCGACGGGGCGCGGGGCGCGGCCGAGCCCUUCCUGGCACAGGCUCGGCUGGCCUGGGAGGCGCAGCAGGCCCAUUUCCACAUGAAGCAGAGGAGCAGCUGGGACUCCCAGCAGGAUGGCUCUGGCUACGAGAGCGACGGCGCCCUGCCACUGCCCAUGCCGGGGCCGGUGGUGCGGGCCUUCAGCGAGGACGAGGCGCUGGCCCAGCAGGAGAACAAGCACUGGAGGAGGGGCACCUUUGAGAAGCUCGGCUUCCCCCAGAUCCUACUGGAGAAGAGCGUCUCCGUGCAGACCAACCUGGCCUCGCCAGAGCCCUACCUCCACCCCUCACAGUCUGAGGACCUCGGUGCCUGUGCCCAGUUCGAGAGCAGCCGGCAGAGCCGCAGCGGCAUUCCCAGCUCCAGCUGUGUCUUCCCCACCUUCACGCUGCGCAAGCCCUCCUCGGAGACGGACAUCGAGAACUGGGCCUCCAAGCACUUCAACAAGCACACUCAGGGCCUCUUCCGGCGGAAGGUGUCCAUCGCCAACAUGCUGGCCUGGAGCAGCGAGUCCAUCAAGAAGCCCAUGAUCGUGACGAGCGACCGGCACGUGAAGAAGGAGGCCUGCGAGCUCUUCAAGCUGAUUCAAAUGUACAUGGGUGACCGGCGGGCCAAGGCCGACCCGCUGCACGUGGCCCUGGAGGUCGCCACCAAGGGCUGGAGCGUGCAGGGCCUGCGAGAUGAGCUCUACAUCCAGCUGUGCCGGCAGACCACUGAGAACUUCCGCCUGGAGAGCCUGGCCCGCGGCUGGGAGCUCAUGGCCAUCUGCCUAGCCUUUUUCCCGCCCACUCCCAAGUUCCACUCCUACCUGGAAGGCUACAUCUACCGACACAUGGACCCCGUCAACGACACCAAAGUGACACAGCACAUAAAAGAGCUCCUGGAAAGAAACACUAAGAAGAAGUCCAAAUUGAGAAAGAAACCCAAGCCUUAUGUUGAAGAUCCGGAUGGGGUGGCGAUAAGCACAUAUGCCAAGUAUUGUUACCACAAGCUGCAGAAGGCAGCCUUGACCGGCGCCAAGAAGGGGCUGAAGAAGCCCAACGUGGAGGAGAUCCGGCACGCCAAGAACGCCGUGUUCAGCCCGUCCAUGUUUGGCAGCGCACUGCAAGAGGUCAUGGGCAUGCAGAGGGAGCGCUACCCUGAGCGCCAGCUGCCCUGGGUGCAGACACGGCUCUCUGAGGAGGUGCUGGCGCUCAACGGUGACCAGACAGAGGGCAUCUUCAGGGUCCCUGGGGACAUUGACGAGGUGAAUGCUCUGAAGCUGCAGGUGGACCAGUGGAAGGUGCCCACAGGCCUGGAAGACCCCCAUGUCCCUGCAUCCCUGCUGAAGCUGUGGUACCGGGAGCUGGAGGAGCCCCUGAUCCCGCACGAGUUCUAUGAGCAGUGCAUCGCGCACUACGACAGCCCCGAGGCGGCGGUGGCCGUGGUGCACGCGCUGCCCCGCAUCAACCGCAUGGUGCUCUGCUACCUCAUCCGCUUCCUGCAGGUCUUCGUGCAGCCGGCCAACGUCGCGGUCACCAAGAUGGAUGUAAGCAACCUGGCCAUGGUGAUGGCGCCCAACUGCCUGCGCUGCCAGUCCGACGACCCGCGCGUUAUCUUCGAGAACACCCGCAAGGAGAUGUCCUUCCUGCGCGUGCUCAUCCAGCACCUGGACACCAGCUUCAUGGAGGGUGUGCUGUAGUGGGGGCGCCCGGGGACAGGAGGGACGUCCUGCCGCCCCGAGCCAGGCCGAACCCCGCACUCGCUCUCCCGGCAGAGGGGCCAGAAUCGCCCGGCCCAGCCCUGGAACCCCCUCCCCUGCCCCAGGCCCCUGGCCCCGGCGCUCCCCACGUCUUCUGCCUGGUCUGAGGGUGCAGUCAGGGCAGAGCAGCGGCGGGGAGGGCGCCUCUGGCCCCCCACCUCAUGGCCAGUUCCCGCGGGCACCGCCUCGCCCUCCGCUGGCCCCAGGUCAGCUCCGAGAAAGUGCCUUCAGUGCCUUCAGUGUCCUGGAGCCGAGCGACACUGCCCUCCGUGGGGCCGGGCUGCCUCCCCGUGGCUCCUGCGCGUCCUGGCCUGGGCCUUGCCCAGCCGCCCCCGUCUCCUUCCCUUCCUUCGGUCCUUGUCCUGACCCGCAGCUCUUCCCAGCGCCGGGGGAGCUUCCCGACCUGUCCCGCCUCCUCUCCCUUCCUCGGCCCGUGGUCCCCAGCUGGUGACUGCUCAGGAGUUUGGGGGCUCCAGGGCAGUGGGCCCGGGGUCUGGCAGGCUCUCGGUGGGUGGGGUGGGGGCCCCCAAACCAAAGUCCUCUGGGGUAGGGGGCAGGGCUGGGCAGACAUUCUGGGGGCAGGGUGGGGGAGGGGCGAGAGUAUUUUUUCUUCGUGUAACUAUAAAUCCAGAAUCUAUCCUGCAUCGCAGCCCACCUGUGUAUAGAGAUAUAAAUAGAGGGAAAGAUAUAAGAACUAAAUUUGCUAAUGACAUAGUUUUAACCUAAAUGCUAUUUAUCUCUGAGCCGUCCCCGUCCUCCGUGCAGAGGAAGUUGAGGUCAUUCCUUCUUUUCUUCGAUCUUUUUUCUUGGCUUCUGACCAAAAACCAAGCUCUACCCCAUCCCCGUCCCUGACCUGCAGCUGACGAGCGGGAAGACGCCGGGCCCGGGACUGCCUGUUCUCGAGGCCAGAGCUGCUGGGGGGACCGAGUUUGUACAUUCUCCAUUUUGGAAUUUUGAGUUCCAAUUGUUGUAAAACUUAAUUUCUCCCCAUUUUUUAUAUAUAUAUUUUUUAGAGUUCCGUUUUUAUUUAUUAAAAACAAAAGGCCCAGCCCUGCCGAGACCCGGGCGGCGUCCUCAGUCGGGUGGCCCCGGGGCCUUUGCGGUGCCGCCCGGCUCAGACGCUCGCCCCGACGCAUGGACCCGAGAGGCGACGACGCGAGUGAAUAAAGUGCACAUGGACCCUG